UGUAGCUACAAUGUCUACUCACAGAUCACCCAGGACAAUGUGAACUCGGGGUCGUAUGAUGGCAACGAUCAAUACCCGGUGGACGAUAUCAUUGCCUCCGGGGCCGUUCUGAUCGCGUCCCUAAUGCCAAAGGUCGACUGGGAGGACAUCACCCCAGAGCUCUGUGAAUCGGUCGCUUCAUACUUCAAAGAGACCUUCACUAGCAAAGGUGUCACCGUCUGGCUUCGCUAUGCCCAUGAAAUGAACUACUACGCCGAUCCUAGUGUCGUGGUUUAUCCUGGUGACUACGCCGCCUUCAACCAGACCUGGAAAGAUAUGUAUACAGCUACGGAGUCCAACGACAUGAUUUACAUGUUCUGGUCGCCGAAUGUCGAUACGGACUCGGAGCCCAUCGCUCCUUGGUGGCCUGGUAAGGAGUACGUCGACAUUGUCGGAAUGGACUACUACCCUGAAGGUGAUGCUCUUCCGGACUUCGCCACCGCCUAUGGGAGCUUCUACGACACCUAUGCCAAGGGGUAUAGCCUGCCGUUUGCUAUUGCCGAGACUGGCACACAGCUGAACAACGGCGCCGCUACCACGGCCCAGAAGCAGCAGUGGCUGAAGAGCAUCAUCAACCCGUCGGAAGGACUCGGUGACUAUAGCGAAUACUAUGUCAGCUGUACCUGGUUCGAGUAUGGCCCACCUGCCAACAACAUUGACUUCUAUAUUGUGUACAACCAGACGGAGAGUGCGGUGCUGGAGACCAUUUCCAACACUGAGAAUGGGUCUUAA